GUCGGUUCCCCUCACGGAGGGAGCGCACGGGGCUCGCUGCCGGUUCCCCUCUCCCCGGCCGCGCCGUUGCGGCGGUGCCGGCAGAGGGCGCGGGCGCGGCCGUUCCGCCAUGGCGGAUUACGAGGCGGUGCAGCGCGGGCCGCUGCGGCUGAAGGGCAGCGGGGGGGCCCUGGGGGCCGGCAAACGGAAGAAGAAGAAGGCGAAGGAAAAGGCCCAGAUCCUGGAGCACAUCGUGAGCAGCAAGAAGCAGGAGGAGGAGAAGAAGCGCGGGCUGGACAAGCGGACCCCGGCGCAGGUGGCCUACGAGAAGAUGCAGGAGAAGCGGCAAAUGGAGCGGAUCCUGAAAAAAGCCUCGAAAACCCACAAGCAGAGAGUGGAGGACUUCAAUAGGCACUUGGAUACUCUGACUGAGCAUUACGACAUUCCCAAAGUCAGCUGGACUAAGUGACUGGGCUGCUUGUCACGGGCUCUGGAGCAGGAGUUGUGUUUUGUUUGUAUCAAGCAAGGGUUGCCAUGUAAAUGUGUGUGUUCUCCAUAUUGUCUAAUAUAUCUUCUGAGCGUUUUAUGACUUUGUCCUGUCUUAUUUUAUAGCUUUGCUUGUUAAAGCCAAAUGUCCAGCAAAGGCUCCUCUUGGCUGAGGAGCCAAGUUUAUGUGGGUGCAGAGGGCUGGUUUUUUAGUGUUUAAAAUGAGAUUAAGGCCAAAAUAAUUGCUGCAAACCAGCUGGAAAAUGUUCCUUUAUUUGUUCUCCUUUUUGGAAGCGAAGAGUCUGACAGUCUCAUGUUUAAGUUUCUUUUGUAAGUUAUGGGAAUUGUAAAAUUCCUUUCUAUUAAGUUCUUUCAGAGGUGAUGUUGCAAUUUUCUUAAGGAAGGAUGUUCUUUCAUGUUUGAUCUUUGUAUACUUUUAAACCUAAUCAACAAGAGGGGAGAUUUAAUCCAGGGAAGAGAGGGCAGCCAACAAGUUCUCAGUGAUGUCCAAGUUUUGAUAGUUGGGGUGCUGGAUUUGUGGAACACACCGAGCACCCAAGCUUGGCAACUUUGGAAUAUAUAAUCAGUGUCUCUCUUGAGUGUUGCACACGAGGUAACAAAUAUGAUUUUGUGGACAACAGUAUUUCUAUUCAGACUUCUUUCAGAGAUGAGGGGUCUGCUGCAACUUGUAACUUUGAUAUAACUUAUUAAAGCACUGGUUUCAUCCUU